AUGUCGGACAAUUUUUCUUGUUUCGUUUAUGGUACACUGGUUUUUCCAGAAGUUAUGAGACACGUACUUAGUGAUGGUGGGAAAAAACAAAUCUCUGUUGACCUUGAUUCCGGUGUUCCAGCUGUUUUAAAGGGAUAUAAACGUUAUCAAGUCCGUGGAGCUUGGUAUCCGGCCAUAAUAAAAGGUGAAGAAAAUGAUGAAGCAAAAGGUGUUGUUGUUAAAGGUCUUACCUAUAAUGAUGUUUUAAAACUUGAUGAUUAUGAGGGUGAUACAUAUAAAAGAAUAGAUGUUAAAGUAUUUGUUGGUGAUUCUUUGAAUUCUAUAACUACUCAAACUUAUGUUUGGACUGCUUCUACUGAUUUGUUGGAAAAUAAAGACUGGGAUCCAAAUGAAUUUAAAAAACUAAUAGAAACUCGAUCUAUUGAUGAGCUUGAUUAA